AUGCUCAUUCUUUAUGUGGAUGACAUGAUCAUUACUGGUGAUGACAAUGCUGAAAUAACUUGUGUUCGAGAUGCUCUGUCUCUUCGAUUUGAAAUGAAGAGAUUGGGAGAGGUUAGCUGUUUUCUUGGCUUGGAGGUUAAAAGGUCAGAUGGAUAUUUUCUCUCUCAACGAGGAUAUGCAACAAGUUUACUGAAUUGUUUUCGUAUGAGGGAGUCAAAAGCAAUGACUACUCCUAUGAAACCUUGCUUGAAGUUAACUAAAGAUGAAGGAAAACUAUUGGAAGAUGCAACACUUCUCCGACAGCUUGUUAGUAGUUUAUUCUAUUUAACUAUCACAAGGCCUGACAUUUCAUAUUCUGUAGGAGUCAUCUCUCAGUUUAUGGACAAACCACGUGAGAGCCAUUUAAUUGCAGCAAAGAGGAUUCUUCGCUAUGUAAAAAGCACUCUGAAUUUUGGGUUAUUGUAUAAGCAGCAUGCAUCAUUUCUUCUGACUGGUUUUGUAGAUGCAGACUGGGCUGGUGAUGUGAAUGAUAGGCGCUCCACAACAGGGUAUUGUUUUAAUACAGGUUCAACAGCAGUCUCAUGGUGCAGCAAAAAGCAAACUACUGUUGCUCUUUCAAGUUGUGAAGCUGAAUAUGUAGCGGCUCAUAUGGCCACUCAAGAGUGUAUUUGGCUUAAGAGGCUUAUUCAAGAAAUAUUCUCUGUCUUGGAUUAUCCAGUUCCCAUUCACUAUGAUAAUGAAAGUGCAAUUAAGCUUACUGGAAAUCCAGUGUUUCAUGGCCGCACAAAACACAUUGAAACACAUUAUCAUUUCGUUCGAGAAAAAGUUUUGACUCAAGACAUUCAGCUGCAGAAAAUACGAACUGAAGAUCAAGUUGCUGAUAUAUUUACCAAAGCACUUGGCAAAGCAAAAUUUGAAGUGUUUCGAAGUGCUCUUGGUGUUGUUGACAGUAAGUUUGCACUAAGGGAGGUGUUGCAGAUUAGUGAAACUUACUAUCAUAGUUGUUGA